UUUUUAAAGGACGAGAAUCCCGGUUUGUUUUUGGAUUUUCGGUUUGUCAAAAAAUAAAAAACUCUUAUUAUGGUCGUUUGUAAUAAUUUAUGCGAUCGCACUUAAGAGCAAGCGUAAAGUAUGACAGCUCCACUCAUGAAGACAGCUGCUCCAUGUUCCUUCACCGUUUGAUGUCAUUCAGUUCCUCCUUCUGUCCUCGACGACGUCCUGGUCUCUGUCAGGCCACCUCCAGGAGCGCUGUCGCAUUUUCCUCAAACCUCCAACAAUCCGUCCCUGCUUCCCAUCCAUGGUGGUCCGUCCAGGGGUUUCCACCCUGGCCUCCUCGACUCCUCCGCCCUCGCCCACCUGCUGGUCUGUUCUUCGCUGGUCGGACUUUCCAGCCCUUUAACCUCAGCUGUGGUCGUUCGCUCCACGUCUCUGCGGGUCGCACGAUGCAGUGUCCUGACAGGGCGUAUCCCAACAAGCGUUUAAAGGACAGGGAGGAGAAGGGAGGAGGCGUAGGAGGAGCGCCGAGGGAAAUGAGAGGCAAGGCUGAGGAGGGAGAGUCCAAGAGGGACUGCAGCCUUCGACCAAACCACCACUUCAGAGCUGGAAACCAUGAAGAAACAAAAAGCAGAGGUGAAAGGUCGGCCAGCAGGGACAAACACGUUGAGAGGACUAAAGAUGAGAAAAAAGGCAGCGGAAAUGAUCAACACUCGACUCAAACCCUCGAAUCUAAACCGGUUCCAGAUCAGGUUCCAGAACACAAAGCAAACCCCUGGUUCAAGAGAAAAGCUGAGGAGGAGCUGUGUCAUAAACCAAACCCCUGGUUCAAAGGAAGAGGUCCUCAUUGGAAGGAAACUGGGCCAGCACCAGCAGAACAGUUGACAGAUGGAAGUGUGGGUGCAGCAAAGUGGACCGGGCUAAAGUCCAACCCUCCCAGCACCAGUCAAACCCUGAACGUGUGGCAUCGAGUCCACAGACCACCUCCUUCACCAUGGAUCCAUCUGCCUGUGAAAC